AUGCCUUCUUACCUUCAGCAUCUGAGUUUGUACACUCAACCACGGAGUUAUGUCUCUAUGGCACCACCACCACCACCUAGUGCUCCCUACGAUCCCCCGGAGGAGAGACUGACCAAUCAGUUUAUGAACAUGUUGAACCUAGGAGGGAACAUAGUCACCGGAGCUGAACCGAGGAUUCCGGUGGCGAGAGAAUCGACGCAGGUGUGCUCGAGCUCGUCGAAUGGAUACUCUCUAAUACCAGUGACGAAAAGCACCGAGACUCGACCGGUUGACGUAGUCACCGAGACUCGACCGACUUGCAGAGUCUCGCACACUUUUGUAGUUCCUAGUCUUGGUUGGAAGGAAAAGACGGUGGUGACUAAGACCAAGGCCGAAACAGAGCCGAUUCAGAUACAACAAGCGGCAGAGACGGAGAUGGAAACAGCCGAUGACAGGAAGCGAAAAGAGAGAGAAGAAACCGAGAAAACUGAAGAAGCUCCUUCUUCAACAACAACAUCUAGGAAGAGGUCACGAACUGCAGAAAUGCAUAAUCUCUGUGAAAGGAGACGGAGAGAAAAGAUCAACCAGAGGAUGAAGGCUCUUCAAGAACUCAUUCCUCGCAGCAAAAAGUGUGAUAAAGCUUCAAUGCUGGAUGAUGCUAUCGAGCUCAUGAAAUCACUGCAGAUGCAAGUACAAAUGAUAUCAACGGGAAGCAGAAUGAUGCGGCCGCCAAAUAUGCAACCUCACAUGGCGAUGGGGAUGAACCGCCCCCCAUUCAUACCUUUCCCUGGCACACUACCGCCUUUUCCUAGUCAGGGUCAUAUGGCUGGUCUAGGUCCAUCAUAUCCACCGCCACACUACCCUUUUCCAGCCUAUGACCCAUCCAGACCUAACCCGGUGUGGAACCACCACCCUCAGCUUCCGGGUGGUUACAUGAAUCCUUACAGCCAGUUUGCUGGUCUCCAGCAGCAGCAGAUGCAACAACCUCCUCCUCCAUUGCAGAAUGAAACAACAUCACAGCUGAGUUUGGGCGAGGCAAGUGGUAGUAGGGAACAUGAAGAUGAGGAGAACCAACCAUCAGGCGAGUAA